AUGAUUAGACGCGGCAUCAUUCUUCGACCAUUCAUCGAACAACUCGUCUUGAAGCAUCGUCAACAGUGGGAGCAAGACAAUAGAUCAAAGAGGAUAGGGAAUCUUAGAAAGUUUGCGAGUGAGCACCGGAUUUGCUUGGAGGAAAACCAGCUUACGGUCAAUGACUGGGCAGUCCUGGAACACCUGGCUAAGCUUCUAGGAUUCUACGAGGAUGCCGUGAAGACUUUGGAAGGCGAUGGCCAACAACGCAAGCGGAAAGGAGGGUGGGUUGGCUCGUACGGGAAUGUAUGGGAGGUUAUCCAGGGAUUCGAGUUCUUGUUGGAAGUAUUCGAGGACUAUAAGCAGCUUGCUUCUGAGAUACCCGACGCGGAGCACUUCCGAAUCAAUAUUAAUCUGGGUGGGGAAAAACUCAACAAGUACUACAGCAGGCUGGAUGAGACACCAAUCUAUUACACGGCCUUAGCGCUGCACCUGGCUUUCUGGUGGGGGUAUUUCGAGAAUGAGUGGAAGGAUAACACGAAAUGGGUGAUGGAGGCGAAGCAGAUGGUCCGAGAAGUGUGGGAAGUCGGACUAUCGUCACCUGCAGGUGGUCCGGAGUCCAGUCGACGACGAACCAGUUGCGAAGCGGCAGCGAAAGUACUACAACCCAUUUCAAGCGUACUGUGA